AUAUUCAGUAUUUAAAUAAAAUGGACAAACAUGGAAAAAGUUACGUUGGAAAUUAGCUGAACGCAUGAAAUCUUACAAUAUAAAUAAACUCACUAUAAAAAAAAAUAGAGAUACCAUUAUUUAAUGCCAAUAUUUCCAAAAUCAAAAACCUGAUUUCGAUUUAAAAAAAAAAUCUCAUAAAAAAAAUCAAAAUCACAUAGCAUUAAUAAAUCUAAUUUCCCUCACUUUCUUAUCCAACAUUUUCCUAAAAUUCCAAGCUUUGUUCAUAGCAAUAUAUUUUAUUUUCUUCUUAAAACAACUCCUUUGUCCUUAUAUUUUCAGUUUGAUUAUCUUGUUCUAGAUCUUAAUAAAAUUUCUUUGGUAGUAUUUUUUUUUCCAGUUUUUUCCAAAAUCUCGCCUUUGUUUAUCUUUAAUUAAAAGUUAAAACCCAAAAUCUGCAUGGGUUAUUGAAAAAUAGUAGGAAAACAAAGCUAAUGGUUUUAGAUAUGGAGUCUACCGGGGAAGUUGUUAAGUCAACCACCGGGAACGGCGGCGGUAUCACGGUGGUUGGAUCCGACGCGCCGUCAGAUUUCCACAUAGCUCCGAGAUCAGAAAGCUCAAAUCCAUCUCAUAACGCCGUCGCUCCUCCUCCACCACAGUCUCAUCACAUAAAUCAGCUCGGCGAAGUAGCUCCGCCGCCGAAAAUUUCAACGGCGACAACGACGGAAGCUAUAUCCGGCGGAACGAUGAAGAAGAAGCGUGGCCGGCCUAGGAAGUACGGACCAGACGGAACAGUUGUGGCGUUAUCUCCGAAGCCGAUUUCAUCAGCGCCGGCGCCGCCGCAUCAUCCGCCGGCGAGUUCACACGUCAUCGAUUUCUCCGCCUCUGAAAAACGCGGCAAAGUGAAACCAACGAACUCUUUUAACAGAACAAAAUAUCAUCACCAAGUCGAGAAUUUGGGUGAAUGGGUUCCUUGCUCCGUCGGUGGUAACUUCACGCCUCAUGUAAUCACGGUCAACGCCGGCGAGGAUGUAACAAUGAAGAUAAUCUCGUUUUCGCAACAAGGACCUCGUGCCAUUUGCGUUUUAUCAGCAAACGGUGUCAUUUCAAGCGUAACGCUUCGUCAGCCCGAUUCCUCUGGUGGCACAUUGACAUACGAAGGUCGGUUUGAGAUAUUAUCAUUGACCGGGUCAUUCAUGCCUAACGAUAUAGGCGGAACUCGGAGUAGAACCGGAGGAAUGAGCGUAUCGCUAGCAAGUCCGGAUGGACGUGUAGUAGGUGGUGGGGUUGCUGGUUUACUAGUAGCCGCGAGUCCGGUUCAGGUGGUUGUAGGAAGUUUUUUGGCCGGGACUGACCAGCAGGAUCAGAUACCGAAAAAGAACAAACACGAUUUUGUGUUGUCGAGUCCAACCGCUGCGAUUCCGAUCUCUAGUUCAGCUGAUCACCGGACAAUCAAUUCGGCAUUGCCUCUUCCGAUCAGUAGUAGUACGUGGCAGACUUCUUUAGCUUCUGAUCCAAGAAACAAUUCUUCCGAUAUUAACGUUAAUUUAACUUGAAAAAAGCCACUCUUCCUCUGUAUUUUCGGUCAUUGAGUUUGUUUUGGUUGAUCCACAUUAGGGUUCUACUAUAAACUGGUAGCUUAUUAUUUAGGGUUUCUAGGGUCUUAUGUUGGUUCCCUUGUUGUCGCAUGUAGGAUUAUGUCUAAUAUCAUCUUGUUUAUUCGAAU